AUGGAAACAAAGUUCCUCCAGACUUCCAGAGGAAGCGUGGAGCACCACUCGGAGGUCCAGAUGUCCUCCUCUUCUACGUCUGUCACCACAAGCAGCACCAAACUGCGCAAAGUCUCUCAGACUUCCAAGGUUUUCGAUGAACAGUGUGGGCAGCGAAAGAUCUCAACUGUGGUGGAGUCAUUCAGCCAGGUCCAGAAGUCCUUCGAGAUCCCAGCAGGAGAGUCUGUCCCAGAUUUUGAGGAGAAGCCCCGCCCCAUUACGGCACAGGAGGGGGACAAGGCCUCCUUUAAGGUGAAGGUGACGGGGAAUCCCAAGCCCAUUGUGACGUGGAAGAGAGAAAGUGGUAAACCCCUGACUGAAGGGGUCAUGACCUACUAUGACAACAUCAACAAGCUGUAUGUUCUGAAGAUUAAAUCUCUAACCAUGGAAGAUGCAGAUGUCUACAAGUGCAUUGUCUCCAAUGAUCAUGGAGAGGCUGUCUACUCCAUGUCACUCAUUGUGACGGAAAAUCCGGCGAUGGAUUUCAAGAAGAUGCUGAAGAAACGGAGCACACCAGCUCCCAAGGAGGAGAAGAAGCCAAUCACAGAGGAAGAGAUGUUGAAGAUUUUAUCUGGGGCAGACAAGAAGGACUAUGAGCGCAUCUGUGCUGAGCACGGCUUCACCGACUUCAGAGGAAUUCUGAAGAAGCUCAAGGAGAUGAAAAAGAAGGGAGAUGAAGAGACGGUGAAGGUCCUGAAACCCUUGGAAGAUAUUACAGCCAAGGCAGAUUCCAAUGUGGUUUUUGAGACCAUUCUGGGACUGAAAGACCCUAACAUCAAAAUGCUGUGGUUCAAGGACACAGAGCUGCUACGGAUCCAGUACUCCUUGGGGAAGUAUGAGCUGAAACAGAUGGGCACUAAGUUCAUGCUGUGUAUCUCCAGCGUUAGCCUGAAGGACUCUGGCAGCUACUCACUGAAGGUUGGAGAGAAGACCCUCUCUGCAAGGCUCAAUGUCAUAGAUGAACCUCUGAAGUUCACGUCGGACCUGAAGCCCGUGCGUGUGACCGAGCGGCAGACGGCCAUCUUCGAGGUGCGUCUGUCCAAGAAGACCAACAAGCCGCCCGUGUGGAAGUUUGGUGGGAAGGAGCUGAAGCGUGAUGAGAAAUUCGACGUGGUCGUGUCUGAAGACGGGCUCACCCACACGCUGAAGAUCAAGGACGUGAGGCCAAGCGAGACGGGCGACUACACCUUGAGCCUGGGCGACCUGACCAGCACGUCCCCUCUCUUCAUCGACAGGAUACCUAUCAAAUUUGUAAGCCACCUGAAGAACGUGCAUGUAAAGGAGAAGGGCAAGGCACGGCUGGAGUGUGAGAUGAGCUCCAAGGACGUGCACAUCAAGUGGCUGAAGGAUGGAAAGGACAUCUCCAACAACCCCCGCUACAGCUUCAUGCGCGAGGGCAAGCGGGCGGAGAUCGUCAUCGACGACUGCGACCUGGCGGACAGCGGCGAGUACGCCAUCGUCUGCACGCAGGAUAAUGACGCCCAGGAGUACAUCAGCUCCGCCAACCUCACUGUGGAUGAACGCUUUGCUACUGUCAAGAGUGGGAUGUCUGACAUCCAGUGUCCCACUGACUCCAGUUCAGAGCUGUGCGUGGUCCUGAAUGAUGAGAAAGUGGAUGGGGUGUGGCUAAAAGAUGGCAAGGAGGUGUCCGAUAUGAGUGGGAUUCAAGUGGUCAAACAGGGUGCUGUGCACAAGCUGAUCUUCAACAAGGUGGGCGAGGAACAUGAAGGCAAGUAUACCUUCAGGGCCAAAGGAGCGGAGAGUGAAGCUGUGCUGUCAAUUGCAGACCCUCCAGCCAUUGAUCCCACCAUGCUGGAGGUAUUAGCCAGCAACCCUGUGACUGUGAAGGCCGGACAGACAGCGAUCAUCAAGAUCCCUUUCAAGGGCAAGCCCGUUCCCAGAGUGACAUGGUACAAGGAUGGCAUUGAGGUGACGGGGGAUGCACGCAUAACCCUAGAACGGGAGGCGGACUCCACCACGCUGGCGCUUGCCAAAUGCGUGCGUGAGGACAGUGGCGCCAUCAUGCUGCGGCUUAAGAGCGACUGUGGAACCGCCAUCGCUAACAUGCACCUCAACGUCUUGGACCGCCCGAAGCCCCCCCAAGGUAAGGUGGAGUUCCUGGAGCGGACAGGAAGGUGCAUCAAAAUGAAGUGGAAGGCACCACGAGACAAUGGGGGCAAGCAGGUGACCAGCUUCGUCAUCGAGAGGUGUAUGGCGGGGAAGAAGUCCUGGAUCAAGGUGGGGGAGGUCGACCCCAGCACCACCUUCUUCAGCAACGACAAGGUGGAGGAGGGCAAAGCUUAUCAGUACCGCAUCCGGGCCGUCAACUCAGAGGGUGUGAGUGACCCGCUGGAGACGGAGGAGGUCUGCGCCGGGGAGCCCAUUGAGCCCCCAGGCACGACCUCUCAGCCUCAGAUUACAGACGUGACCAAAGACACUGCCAUGGUGACCUGGAGCCCACCUGCCCAGGAUGGGGGCGCCCCUGUGCUGGGUUAUAUCAUCGAGAGGAGAAAGAAAGGCAGUAAUAUGUGGGUCCCGGUCAGUAAGGAGCUCAUCCAAGACACCAAAUACACAGUGGAUGGGUUGGUGGAAGACAUGGAGUACGAGUUCAGGGUAGUCAGCGUGAACAGAGCUGGUCCGGGCGUCCCCAGCAGCAGCUCCAACUCUGUGCUCGCAAAAGACCCUGUCCGUGCUCCUGGCUUGGUAAAGGACUUGCAUGUGACCGACUCGUCCAGUUCCUCCAUCUCUCUGGGCUGGUGCCCCCCACAGCAAGGCGAUGAGCCAUCAGGCUACAUCCUGGAGAUGCGCCUUGAUGACGCCAAGGACUGGUCAAAGUGCACCAAGAUCCCCAUCGCUGGCACCAGCUACACAGUGGGAGGCCUGCAGGACCGCAUGAAGUACUUCUUCCGUAUCCGCGCCGUUAACGAAGGCGGCGUCGGGGAGCCCGUCGCGCUCGAGCAGGGGGCACUGGCCAUGCCGCCCCCUGCACCCCCUAGGUUUGACCUCCGUGGAAAAGUGAACAACCAGCUGCUGGUGCGCGCUGGGACAGCUCUGUGCAUCCAUGUCACUUUCACGGGGUCUCCUCCCCCAGUGGUGACCUGGCUGAAGAACGGCAUCCCCACCACCGGCAGAGAGACCAUCAUCAAAGGGAAGGAGCAUUCCCAGUUCCUCAUCAGCUCGUCCCAGCGCUCCGACUCCGGGAUGUACCGCAUCGGCCUCCGCAACGACUAUGGAGAGGUUCACUACGACGUCAGCGUUCAGGUCACAGACGUCCCGCGCCCCCCCAUGAACCUGCGUCCCGUGGAGGAGGUUCCCGGCGUGGUGACGCUGCACUGGGAUCACACGCCUGACCUGGCAGACGACGAGCACACCCACUACAUCGUCCUGAAACGGGACAGCAGCACGGCCACUUGGUUCACAGCCACUGAGCGUGUCUUCAGCAGCAAGUACACCAUCGGCGGCCUGCUGCCCGGCCGCAAGUACUACUUCCGGGUCAUCGCCCGCAACCACGUCGGGGACAGUGACCCCUUGGAUUCCAAGGAGCCCUUCAGCAUUGCUAAGGAGAAAGGUGCAUAG